GGAGACAGGACCAAACAGCUGAUGUCACCUUCCUUGUUUCUGUGUUGAGAGUGGGAUUCGAACGAGUCGAUACAGAUGAUCCAGCUGUUUGUCCGACAGAAGAACAUUCGGUCUGUUUACGUCGAUGAGCCAACGGUGUCGCUCUGGUGCAGUGAGUUUGCUCUCUCUGUCCUCAGACACCGAGUUUCCAUGGAGGCAGCUUCGCCCCUCAGCCUCAAACGAAGAUAUGAAGAGGUGGACCACGGCUCUCCGUUCUCGACGCCGAAGGACUCUGACGAUGACAUCUCCAGCAGUGACAGCGCCGACAGCUGCGACAGCCUCAACCCCCCCUCCAGCACCGCAUUUACCCCGACCUCCAUCCUCAGACAGCACAAGCCGUCACCGGGGGGGAAGCGGGUGCGCUUCGACGUGGUGACGGUUUACUACUUCCCCCGGCGGCAGGGCUUCACCAGCGUGCCCAGCCAGGGGGGCAGCUCCCUGGGCAUGGCCCGUCACCACUCCUCCAUCAGACACUACACGCUGGGCGAGUUUGCACGUGAACAGGAAACCAGCCACAGGCACACGUUACGCCAGCACCUGCGCCAAGAGAAGCUCAAUGCCCGCAAGAUGAAGCUGACGAGGAACGGCACAGUGGAGUGUGCUCAGGCCGACCUGCUGACCCUGGAGGACGUCUCAGACGAGGACCUGGAUGUGGACGGGGUGGAGGUGGACGACUGUUUCUUCCUUCAGCCGCUGCCCACAAAGCGCCGCCGGGCCCUGCUGCGAGCGUCUGGCAUCGCCCGCAUAGAUGCGCGGGAGAAAGCAGAGCUCAGAGCCAUCCGCCUCUCGCGGGAAGAAUGUGGCUGCGACUGCCGUCUGUACUGCGACCCUCGACACUGCGGCUGCAGCCAGGCCGGAAUCAAGUGCCAGGUGGAUCGGAUGUCUUUCCCGUGCGGCUGCUCUCGGGAUGGCUGUGGAAACGUAGCAGGUCGCAUCGAGUUCAACCCGCUGCGUGUGAGAACUCACUACCUGCACACCAUCAUGAAGCUGGACCUGGAGCAGAGGAGGAUGCUCAUCCAGGGGGCCGGGGACCAAUACGCUGAAUCUGACCCAAUAUCCUCCCCCACGUCCACCUGCCCUACUUCCCCCGACCUGUCCUCUGAGCUGGAGGAGAGCGAGAUGCAGACUGUCGUACAGGUUCAGGAUCUCCUGGCAGAGGAGGACAUACUGGAGCGAGAGAACGAGACGGCUGUGCUGCACCUGCAGAGCGCGGAGGAGCAGGAGAGGAGGGAGCGGGAGGAGGCCGAAGGGGAGGCAGUGCAGCAGGAGCUGGGUACUGGAGGUCUCACAGAGCAGCCUCUCUGCCUUCUGCCUGGGGCUUUAGGAGGGGAUCUGCCCGAGCAGGCGGAGGUGCCGGGUGUGGAGCAGGUCCUCCUGCAGGGGCCGUUCCCCACCGGGGCCACAGUGCUGUGCAUCUCUGACAACCAGGAGGAGAACCCCUCUGACCUCCUCAGAGACUCCACCUCUCUGCUCUACUAUCAACUCAGUCCCAUAGAACCUGGAGCCUUUGAGACGCUGCCCAGAGCGGAGGAGGCUGAACAGGAGGAGCGCUCGAUGAAAGAACCACAUGUGGGAGGAGGCGAGAGUGUGAAGGGGAAACAAGGAGGUGGAGAGGAGUCAAAAGAUGAUUCGCCUGAAAAAAUCACCCGCAGGCAGAAGUGUUUGAGCGACGUGAUUCUUUGCUCAGAGGAGCGCGUGGCAGUCGAGGAGGAGAAGCCGUCGAGUCGUCAGCGCAGCCGCCCUGAAGAUCAGAGCCGAGGGGCGUCCUGCUCGGAGGGAGAGCUGGAUCCACUGCCUCCUGAAGUUUAAUUCUAGCUUCUCUGCAGAUAUUUGCACAAUAGCUUCAUCAAAGAUGAAUAAAUAACAUAUUUACACAUUUAUUACAGCUAUCAUCGUGAACGAUCACAGGUUUCAAUCUCUUGUAUUGACCGUCACUAAAAUAUGUGGAGGAUGAGCUUGAGUAUAACGAUACACGAGGGUGGGGAGAUGCUGAAAGCACAUACACAUCACUCCUCAGAAGUAAUAUGGAUGCAGUUACAAGGCAACGUUGUACGUAAUUCAGUCGGGGGUGAUGGGUGCGGCCUUAAUGGAAAAACAUUAAAAAAAAACACUUGUGCGUAGGAGUCAUUCGUCGAUGAAAAGUCCAUCGAGUAGUGUUUUGAUAAUUUCCUACACAGCAAACAGAACAGUGUGUGAAUGCUAACAUAAGCCUUUUCUUUGGUGGUAUUUAAAGCUGUCAUCACAAAUUGUUUUGUCUCGCGCAAGAAGCUGGUGUGGUCAGAAACUCACCGGCUUAGUUUCCAUUACAGUCGUCGUGCUGUAGUCAAGCCAAACGAAGGCCUCUGAUAGUAUCCUCCGCUGAAAAUAGACCUAAUAAUCCUGGAAAUACUUGUUUUUUUGUGUACUGUAUAUGCAUUUGCAAAAGUGCAAGAGCGAGCCGAGGUUGCUGCUUUUUUAAAAAAUAUGUCUGCACGUUGUGAGCUGAGGGCAGUGAGCGUUAGUGGCUCUGCUGCAUCGAGACAUGAAGGUGAAGCGUCACGGAGCAGCAGACCAACACUGGCCUCAGUCGCUGCUCGUGCUCACCUCGGGCUGCGACUGUGGAUUCGUCGAAAGUAAAAGAAAAAGAAAAAAAACCCUAAAAACCUAGUUUACCUGUAGUUGCAAUGCCUAUGAUAUUAUUUCCGUUGGUAAUGUGUAUUUCGUGAAUUAGAUGAUGUUGGUCUUUGUUUUUUGUUUUUUUGAGUGAAAGGAAAUGUUUCUUUCAUGAUGCUAACACUAAGUAACACCAUGUAGUCGUGUCGUGUCAUGACGAAAUGCCAGAGUAGAUUUUCCCUCGCCCUCUUUUUUUUUUUUUUAAUCUCUCCACGAGUUGAAGAUUUGAUUCUGAAUCAAGUAAAAUAUCAUAUGAAGAAAUCAGAAUUUAGAGAGACAAAGAAAACGACAGCCUGUGCUCGUGAAAGAAGUUAUGAAAUGACGAGAGUUUACUAAUUUAUGGAACACUGACCACAACCUGAAUUAGUAUUUUUUUUAUUUUCACUCUUAAGGUGUGUUUGUGUGCGUGCGUGCCUAGGUCACAUGUGUACGCCCAGAGGUGUGUUUGCGUCUGAGUGGUCUCAGAGAUGUGUGUGUGUGUGUGUGUGAGUGUGAGGGGGUGGGGGGGUAUAAUAGUGAGGAUAUGUACUUUAUUUCUGAAAGGUGCUGACGUUACAAAUCCACAAUUCUCUACUUUCCUCCCGACCAUCACGAGAAACUAGAUUCCAUGGAGCUGUUUCUCAAUGACUUGACGGUAACGUGUGGGAGAGCCCCCUGUAGGAACGCAAUAGCUACUGCACUGAAAAAAAAAUCAUUACCGGGGCCAUUAUGGAAUGAGGUUGUUUCAGUCAUCCAGUAUGUAAAUGCAAUCGUGUAACUAUUUCAGUCUUUAAAUGUCUUUUUUGUCUGAUUGAUGCCGAUCUGUAUAAGUGUGCCGACUCUUCUUACACAAAACCGAUCCUUUGUUUCGUUGCUUGAAAUUACAGCUGUCGGUAAAAGCUGACGCCAAACACAGGAUGUGCUGCCGUGUAGGAGACGUCUGAUGUUUUACUUUUUUUGCCUUUUCAUUUUUAAACUGUCUUAAUAUAAAUCUACUUAAAGGUUGCACCAAAGCAGUGGUUUCAGGCCUGAUGAACAGAUGCUUACAUCCAUCAGACUCUAACGAAGCAGCCUCUGCCAGGCUUUAGAAUUACUGUUGUGUUCUCAUGUAUUCUCGGCCGUGCAACAGCACCAUCUUUGAGGUGACGAUGAUUACAAGCUGCCUGUUGUUGAGCUUUUGUCCUCGGCUUUCCACUAAUAGACUUAGGUUUGAAACCACCGCAUCAAAUGAACUCCAGUGCACCACGUGAUUGUGUGUUUGUCGAUGUGAAUGAGGAGUGUGACUGUCGGAGAGACUGAUAUGAUUUGACUUCAUCCAAGGAGCCGUGGGAACGACUCUCAUGCUAACUGUUGCCUAAAGUGGACAAAAAAGUUUUUUAUACAAAAGUAAAAACAAUAAAAUACUAAUUUCAAAA